CUUAUUCGUGAAAUUAGGGUUUCUCAAGUUAAAAUUUGCCCUUUUUGUUUGUUCGUAUUGAUCUCCCUCUCGUGAAAUUAAAAUUUUGGGGAUAGGGACACUUGAAUUAAGUUUAUAAGUGCGUGUUUUGUGUUUGAUUUGCAGAAAGUUCGCGAAUUUGAGAUCCUCACGUAUGGAAAUUGUAUGUUUGAGGUAAGAAUCAUUAAUUUUGUUUUGUUGGAUUGAAGUUCUAUGGAAAGAGGCAAAUUUGGUAACGGUAGAAUUUUUAGAUAGUUGGAGAUAGCUUUCAUGUUCUCCAGGCUUCAUUAAUUUGAUAUUGUACAAUGGAGAAAUAGGUAAUUUGAAACUGAAAAAUGGUUUUUUGGGCAUACCUAUAACUGCUUGUUGAGAUGAGAAUAAUGGGAGUUCUUGUUUAGGAAUUUGAAUUCAUUAGUGGGGAAAUCAUUUAUUAUUUGGGCUAGGGAUAAGCUUUAUGUGGGAAUAAUUUAUUGUGCUGUAUAGAUAAGAGUAAUAAAUAUUGCUGUUUUGGGUAUGUAGUUGGUACUGCAAAAGACAAAUUGGAGGUUUGGUUGAUAAAGUUUGGUGUUUAUUGGGACAGUGUGUUUAUUUAGGGUGGAAUGAUAGGUUUUGUUUUUUCCCGAGUUAAUUUGCAAAAAUAAUAAGUUAGGAUAUCGUUGAACACUUGUCUUGUUAUAUCGUGCCUGCUUGGAUGGAUGACACUGAGGAUGAUGCGUGGUAUCCACCAGACUCCUAUGGGAUGACUCAGGGUUACGGGUCAUCAAAUCGCCCGAAGCUUCCUGUUCGGAAUGCUUCUUAUCCUCAUCAUGUUGGUAAUCAGUAUGUUGAAGAUGAUGAUAUUGAGGAAGAAAAGUUCAAUGAAGAAGAAGAAGAAAAUGAUGAUGAUGAUGAUGAUGAAGACAAUGGUUUUCAUCGGAUGGGCAAAGAUGGGGAUGAUGAUGAAGAUGAAGAGGAAGAGGAAGAGGAUGAGGAUGAUAAUUACAAUGGGGGUGUUGGAGAUGGUGAUCUCCAAAGGCACCAAAAGAAGAGGAAGUUGAAGAGCCUGUUAUCAAAUUAUGAAUUUGCUCCUCGAGUACCACCUUCAGCAACAGUGGCUGCUUCAGCGCCAAAACCCUCCUUUGGUGGACGGAAUUCACUUACAGAUUGGACAGAACAUGAAACAUUUGUCCUUCUAGAUGCUUGGGGUGACAGGUUUCUUGAACAUGGGAGGAAGAGUCUUCGAUCUGAGGAAUGGCAGGAAGUUGCAGAGAAGGUUUCACAGGAGUCAAAGAUCGAUAGAACAGAUACUCAGUGUCGAAAUCGUUUAGAUACACUGAAAAAGAAAUACAAAAAAGAGAAGAUGAAGUUAGCAGGGAUUGGAAAUCCCUCCAGUAAAUGGGUAUAUUUUAAGAAGAUGGAUUUGUUAAUGUCAUCAACACCACAGCAAGCAGGCCUUUCAUGUGGAGUGGACUCGGGUGAAUAUGUUUUCAUGAACACCAGAGUCUAUCUAAACCGUGCAAAUGGAUUAGAUGAGAUGAGGGAUAGCCCAGGGAAUUCUGAAUCUGCAGAGGGUGAGGAAGAUGAUUCAGAAGGGAUUCCACCCAAGAGGACACGGAAUGGAGGGGAGAGAGUUGAUGGAGCUUCCUUCAGAUUGCUUGCAGAUUCCAUUCAGAAAUUUAGCGAGAUAUAUGAGAAGAUUGAGAAUAGUAAGAGACAGCAGAUGCUAGAACUGGAAAAGAUGAGGAUGGAUUUCCAUAGAGACUUGGAAUUGCAAAAGAGGAAGAUUUUGGAGAGAGCACAGGCGGAGAUUGCAAAAAUACAUCAAGGAGAUGAAGAGAAUUAUGUGUCCACUGAGAACGUCAGUGGGUGAUGUAUCUAGCCCUCAUUAUCUUCCUUUAUUCGUAUUUACUUUAUUGGCUGCUUGCCAUUGUUGUAAUGUACUCUGGGGCUUUGUGUCUUCUUGGGUUAAUAGUUUGCUAGGGAAAUAAAAGUGAUUUGAUGAAGGGAUGUGUUUGGAAGUAUUAGUUCAAUUAGAAGUUAAAAUAAAACUUUUAAGAGAAUGCUCUUUUCUCUUCGUGCC